AUGGACGAUCGAGAGAGGAUAGUCGUCACACAUUACAACUUACCGAAUGCCUACCCGACUGAAUGGCCCAAGGAGCUUGAUGAAAGCGACAAUGAUGAUGGCAUGGACGCUGUCGGAGUUCGACGCUCUAGAUCGCGCUACUCGGCACUAGAAAGAACCGGUAGUGAAAGAAAAAGUCUUAUACCAGGGUCGCAGCAAACGAAAGAUGGCCGCGCGAACUUGGUGUCGAAAGACGAACAGGAUGCUCUGGGAGCCCACCAAAGUGUUAUGAACACAUUGAGGAGAGCUGGCAUGAAAGUAGAUGACGACUCACGCCUGCGAAACAAGUUCAUGCUUUCUUCUACAACAUUCUCUCCAGGAAUGUAUCUGUCGGUAGCCCAUCGUGAGGCGUCCACAGAGGAUCUUCUACGAGGUCUGGACUACUUGACACACUCUAUCGAUCAAAAGUCUUCCUCCCUAAAAGCACUCGUGGAGACAAACUUUGAGCGCUUCGUGCGUGCCAAAGCUACCAUUGACAACGUAUAUACCGAAAUGCGAAAUCAGGGCGUGGAACCGGUCGAAGCACCAGGACCUCUCUCGCCUAGACAUUCUCGACGAACAAGUGGUAUGCACUUCCGAAACUUCAGCAGUGGCAGUGCGGCUGGUAUGUCUGCACCACCCCCAAAACCGAGCAAGAACGCACUUCGAAAGGAGACCGACUAUGGGGUUCAAGGCAUCAAAGUCCCGCUGCUAGAGGUGUCGCAGAAAGCACAGGAUGUCUGGGGUCCUGCUCUGGGAGGCAAAGAGCGUGAAACGAACCUCAAGGCAAUUGCAGACGCUGUGACCAAGGAUCGUAUGUUAUUCGAGCUUGGCUCGAACCUCAGCUAUGCAAUCAAGCAGAAAGACUACGACAAAGCGGUCGAGCUCUAUGAUGCCGCUAGGAGAUAUGUCGCCGACGCAAAGUCUCUCGGCGAUGGAGUCGUACAGUACGGUCGUACUCUCUCAGACUCCGAAGUUCACAGGAUUCUGGCUGUUGGCCGCAUGUGGGCUGAUGCAGAAGAGCAAGUCAAAGCCCUCAAGCGAGAUAUCUGGCGCAAAUUGUCAAACGUUUCGGCGGCAGGGCCUCUUCCAGGAGCGUCACAAGCAGAAGAGCAUAUGGAGCUGAUCUGUGUUUUGUUACACCUUGGGGUGGACGAGUCCCCCAUUUGGGUUUUCCUGUUGAGCAGGUAUGACUAUCUCAAGAACAAGAUUGCAGCUGUGGUGGAACGAUCUAAGAUUGAAAUCGAGAUUCUGCGGCGACGUCUUGCUGCCGGCAAUGCUCCUCCUUCCGACGUUGUGGCCGCAUUCCUACGACAAGCGUCCAAGGAUCGAUCCGAAGCCCUCGAUACCGACGACGUUAUCGAUUUUUGGCAUUGUAUCCAGAACUACCUAACCAAACUGAUGUCAUUGUCGAAUGGGCUGCUGGGAGAGGUUGUGGACUUCUGGGAGUCGACCCAGUCGUUUCUCGACUCGACAAAGCAGAGUAUCCUGCCUUCGGGUUGGGAAGGGGAGAGCAAUAAACAUCAUAAACUCUCGGAAGCAAAUGCCAGCGCCCUGAGCAAUGGACUGAUUGAACUGAUUGGGCAACUCAGAGAUGCUGUAUUCUCACUCUUCGCAGACCCUCCUGCCGAGGACAUUUCAUCCUUAUUCUCCCCAGCGCCAGGAUCCGCUGCCACGCCGACGACGCCAUUAACUGGUACUGCUUUUUCACCCACUGAUGGUCGGAUUGGUGUGCUUGAUCCUCAGAACAUACCAGCGGCUGCUGCAAAGAAAGGUGAGCCAUGGGAAGACUUUGCAUUCUGGCCUCCUCAUUCGAACGCACUUAGUGCGGUGCACUAUCUGGAGAAGAUUCUUGCGCUUGUCGGUGCUGCUGCCAAUGAAAUGGUGUCUCUUGGGCCAGUCAGUAACAGCGCAUCAUCGGAGAAGAUCAAAGUCAUGAUUAGUGGAGCAAGGGAGAGAUCCAUGCGAGCGGUCUGUGAAGCCUGGAGCAAGGAUGCUGAGAGCUGCAAGUCUCUUGAGGACUGGGUCAGAGCACCAGAAAAGCGAGACCAAACACGUAUGCCAGGGUAUUUCGAGGCUUUCGAAAGAAAGGUCCUACUCGGCAUGCAGCAAGUAUUGUAUUUUUCGAAUGCGAGUCCCAAGCCAGGAAGUCGAGAUAUCAUCACACCACCUUCCACGAAGCUGUUGCAGAUGGUACGUACCCAGUUUGUCAGCAGUGUCUACAAAGCCGUUAGUGGCAUGCUAGAAAACGCAGAAGCUCCGCGACAAGGUGACGAGGAUGAUUGGGUCUUGGUAACAAGCCUUGACAGUAUAACCGAUGGCGCAGUACCCAACGAGAUGGUCACACAAGAUGCAAUCAAUGCCUCGAAUAGGAAUGUCCGCAUGCUCCUCACCAUGUCGAAUCUCAAAGCCUUGCGCAACGAGCAUGUCCCCUCCCUCAUUCAAGUCUUUGAGUCAUCCUUUUCGGUCAAGCUAGCCGAAGAAUCCAAAACGAUCAGAGACGUUUUCGGUCAGAUUGACGCGAAGCUCUUCCAGUCCUACACGCGGCCAAUUGUCGCGACCUUGACAAAAACCAUCAAAGAAGGUAUUCAUACUCCGGACUGGGUCCCUAAAACGUCUCGACCCGACCAGGUCAGACCUUACGUCUACGCCACCCUUAUGACGCUGGUAAUGGUCCAUACUGAAGUAUCUACGACGGUCCCCAGCACUGGCUCGAGCAGCGCCUUGCUUAGCGAAAUAUUGUCACACCUUGUCGAGAACAUCUCACAGGCUCUACUUGAUGGUUUCAAGGAACGCAAGCCUAAUGCUUAUACCCUUCCAGCUCUCAUGCAAGCCACCCUUGACACUGAGUUCAUAGCUCAGACAAUGAGUCAAUAUGCAACGGCUAAAGCCAGCGAGAUUCAAGGACAAAUAUACACGGAGCUGGAUAAGCGAACCACCAACGAAGCGCGGACAAGAUUGCAGCAGGAGUUGGGCGACAUGCGAGUCGUGCUCAAGAAACUCCGGGAUGGCAGCAGAAAUAGCUUUGGUUGUUUCAAGAAACAACGGUCCUCGGAUAAGGAUCGUGGUCGACCGGAGAGGAAAGCUACGGGGACAUAA